AUGGCGUCCACGACGAGAACAGCGACGCAUGGGGCGCUCACCUUCGAGCUAGUUGCCAAGUGCUCUACCACACGAGCUCGCGCCUCCGUCCUUACCCUGCCACAUGGGCCUGUCAAUUUACCCAUGUUCAUGCCGGUCGCCACGCAGGCCUCGCUCAAGGGCAUCACGCCCGAACAGCUGGAACAGACAGGCUGCCGCCUGUGCCUCAACAACACAUAUCACCUCGGCCUGAAGCCCGGCCAGGAGGUUCUGGAUGCCAUCGGCGGCGCACAUAAGCUACAGGGCUGGAAACACAACAUCCUGACGGACAGUGGAGGUUUCCAGAUGGUGUCCCUCCUCAAGCUCGCGACCAUCACGGAGGAGGGCGUGCGGUUCCUGUCGCCGCACGACGGCACGCCCAUGCUCCUGACGCCGGAGCACUCCAUGUCGCUGCAGAACUCGAUCGGCUCGGACAUCAUGAUGCAGCUGGACGACGUGCUGGUGACGACGUCGCCGGACGCGGCGCGCAUGCGCGAGGCCAUGGAGCGCAGCGUGCGGUGGCUGGACCGGUGCGUCGCCGCGCACCGCAACCCGGCCACGCAGAACCUCUUCUGCAUCAUCCAGGGCGGGCUGGACGUCGCCCUGCGGCGCGCCUGCACCGCCGAGAUGGUCGCGCGCGACACGCCCGGCAUCGCCAUCGGCGGGCUCAGCGGCGGCGAGGCAAAGGCCGACACCUGCCGCGUCGUCGCCGCCUGCACCGCAAUGCUGCCCGAGCUCAAGCCCCGCUACGUCAUGGGCGUCGGCUACCCGGAGGACCUGGUCGUCAGCGUGGCGCUGGGCGCGGAUAUGUUCGACUGCGUGUGGCCGACACGGACGGCGCGCUUCGGGAAUGCCAUCACCAAGGCCGGGAUGCUCAAGCUCAAGAACUCCGAGUUCGCCAACGACUUUCGCGUGGUCGAGGAGGGGUGCGGCUGUGUCUGCUGCCGGCCCAAGGGCGAUGUCAGGGACGGGGUUGAUGGCUUGGGCGUCACGAGGGCUUUCAUACACCACAACGUGGGCAAGGAGACUGUCGCGGCCCACCUGCUCACCAUCCACAACGUCUGGUACCAGUUGAACCUCACGAGGGAGGCGCGGGAGGCAAUCAUUGCGGAUCGGUAUCCUGCGUUCAUCGGGGAGUUCUUUGCUAGACUGUACCCAGAUAGAAGCCACUACCCCGAGUGGGCGGUGGAUGCGCUCCAGGGAGUUGGAGUGGAUUUAAUGCAAGAGUGA